CACGAGAAUACAUAACAUUUCAACAAGGAAUAUCUAACCUCGAUUUACGUACGCAAGCGCCGUUUAAGGAACAAUUUAAAUAAAUAUCGUCAGGAUAACUCGAUCUCUUAGUUGUGCUUUACACCGAUUUAACAUGGGUAUUAAAUCAGAUGACUCAAGGAGAUUUGAAAUUAAAGAUGAGAAAAUUAUUUGUUCCCCCUUAGAAUUUGUGCCAGAACCAGGUGGCUUAGGAUAUGAAUAUUUCAUGGCAAUGAAAAAACAUAAAAACAAAGUAGCUCAGUAUAUCCUAGAAAGUGGUGAAGAAGACACCUACGGAUCCUUGUUGCAACGGUCAGUCAGAACUGCCUUAAAGUUAAAAUCCAAAGGCUACGAUAAAGACGACAUAAUGUGCUUAUGUUCCAACAACCACAUCAACAGCGUCGUGCCAUUUUUGGCUGCAUCUUAUUUAACCAUGAAAGUGUGUUCUUUGGAUCCUUCGUUAUCACAAGCUGACGUCACACAUUUGAUACGUCUAGUAAAACCCUCAAUAUUUUUCGUUAUUGAAAAAUCAAAACAAAUGAUACAAAAUGCAUUAACUGAAAUUGGGAUAGAUGCUGAGAUUGUUGUGUACAACGACGCUACUUUUGAUGAAUAUCUUGAAGAGAGCGAGGAAGAAGAAUCGUUUGAACCAUCUCUUGCUUCAAGCCUUCAUGAUACAGCAGUUAUCAUAUUCAGCAGUGGAACAACCGGAAUGCCCAAAGGCAUCUGUCAAAGUCAUUAUGCUAUUAUAGCACAGUCCGUUAAUAUGCUGUACUUAUUCAAUGAUAUUAAGGAUACAGACGGAAUACAAGAUUUUUAUUUCAGCAACAAUAACACUGUGACUUCAGUGACGUUGUUGUAUUCUUCUUUAUACUGGAUAUCAGCAAUAUUGUUUUUCACUGCAGCAGUACUGUCAGGAACAUCUAGAGUUGUAUGUUCAGCAUUUGAUCCAAAACAGUUUUGGCAAAUUCUUGACAAAUAUAAAGUAUCAUUAACAUUUUUGGCCCCAAACCAAGGAAUUGAUAUCUUAAAAGUUGGCAGACCGGACAAUAUCGACACUAGUCAACUGAAUAUAUUAGUGAUCGGAGGAGCAACAAUAAGCCAACAUUUCUUAAAAGAGCUCCGUGAAGUUUUGCCAGGAACAUUUGUGUGUCAAGGAUAUGGUCAAACCGAAGUCGCAGGAGUGUUGACCUGUUUCCGGAGUAACAGUGUACAAGACACUUUGGGAUUGCAUUAUAAGCCUGACUCGUGUGGAAGACCAGUACCCGGAGUAGCAUAUAAGAUUGUUGAUCCGGAAACUGAACAACUAUGUGGACCAAACGAACGAGGUGAGCUAAGAGUGAAAACCAAAUUCGUGAUGAACGGUUACUACAACAUGGACUCCUCGGAAAGUUUCGACAGCGAGGGCUGGCUAAAAACCGGCGAUGUGGUCUAUUUUGACGAAGAACUAUUUUUCUACAUAGUCGACAGGAUAAAGGAUAUGCUGAAGUACAGAUCGUGGCAUGUGCCUCCUGCAGUAUUGGAAAAAGUUUUGACGCAGCAUCCCGCAGUACAUCGUGCCGUUGUCAUUGGACUACCCCAUGAAGAAGACGGAGAUCAUCCGAUGGGGGUCGUGGUGAAAAACGCUGAUUUUCCAGACGUUUCAGCGAAAGAUAUUGAAGAUUUUGUCAACGAAAGGGUUGAUGACAGACACCAACUGAGGGGUGGAGUGAAAUUGGUGGAUGAAAUACCCUUAACACCCAGUGGAAAAAUUCGAAGGAGUUACAUUAAGAAAUUAGUUCUAGACGGCAAAAUAUAAAUAAUGCAGUAGUUUUCUUAGCUACGGUUAGAAGAUGAAUUAUCGAAUUUAAUAGUAUUUUAAUUAGAAUAUCAGGAAUUAUUCUGUGAUGUAAAAUUAGUAUAUAAAUGUUUCUUUUUACAUUAAAAAUAUAUAACAUUA